AUGUCCUCAAUAAAGCCUUCGUCGCAGGCUCAUUCUGGGAGCUUUCCCUCCAAAUACAGAGUCGGGAAAGGAGGUUCCCGGACUAGGCGAUCAUUUCGAAGGAAUCCGACCAGUCCCAGGCAUUCAGAGACUCAUCAGAAACCAGUUAAUCCCCCUGAUGCGAACUCUCUGACUUCGGCUGUCGUUACCAUUCGUGUUGGUACGGAUAAACGGCUCUUUGCAGCCCACGAGAGUGUUCUCUGUGUCUCACCCUUCUUCGCCGCCUAUUGUCGUAGCCAGUGUCCUGGACGAAGUUGCAAGCGAAUUGACCUACCCGAGGAGCAACCGGAGGUCUUCUCUUCGGUUCUUGAGUACCUAUACCGGGGCGAUUACUAUCCGAAACUGCUUCGCGAUGAAUACAGCGAUACCUGGGAGUUAGAGGAUGCCCGGGUGGACAGUGACGGACAGAGCAAAGGGGCAGCUAUCUUUCUCCAUGCUGCUGGAGCAGUUAUCCUGAAAGAUACGGCGGUCUAUUGUUCAGCAGAGAAGUACCGUUUACCCGGUUUGAAGCGCGUGGCCCUUCGAAAGCAGGGGCUUCACUCUGGCAUUCAAUGCAGUACCAUUCUCACAAGUGCUCGCUUUGCCUACGCCAACACCCCUGAUACCGAUUCAAAGCUUCGUGCUCACUACCUCGCUCUGAUUAUCCGGAGCAGAUCCACCUUCAAACACAGUGGCACCAUGCAAAUGGAAAUGGAGCAGGGAGGGAAGCUAUUCUUUGACCUCUUCGUCGCCAUGUGUAAUCAUAUGGAUGACAUCGCCGCCUCCAAACCCAAAUCCUUCCUCCCCGCCAUUCCAUAA